AUGCCCGCCUCGGGAGCACCCAUGUCCACUCUUCCAUCCUCUUGCGAAUAUCCCGACCAGAUCAGCCAUGACAAAACCUUGCGUCCCACUGCCGCGAGCCAACGCAGGCUCCUCCCGACCCGACCCCCCCACUCCCAGGCCUCACACCAGCGUCCUCUGAGACAGUCCGUCUCUCCCAAGCCGUCCAAGAAGCUGCAACGCCUCCUCGACAAGCGGCCUUGUCUACAAAGUCAACCUGCUACUCCUGCCGCCAGGGACAGCCAAAUACAAGAGGAGAUUGAUCAUCCCAAUGGUCAUCGCUCCUAUGGCGCCUCGCCUACAUCCAUCUGGAGGGCCGAAGCCUACGACGAGCUUGUCAGGAGUCGCACCCCGCAGCCCCUCGGUAAUGAGCACCAGACCAUUCUCAACUAUGUCAGGCACCGACGAGAAGUCAAUAUGGGUCUUGUACCUGACGACGAGGAUACGUCUGCAGUCAACGAGUCGAUCGAGCAUCCUGAUGGCGCCGCUCCAAGGCCUGACUUGGCAUUGAGGCAGGUCGAGGAACCUGAAAUCGACUUCUCGGGCAUUGUCUCCAUUGAGGAUGUGCGCAAUCGUUAUAUAGAGUUCACCAAGCAAGAGUUGGCGCAUCAUGAGCUCCUUCUUCACAACCUGUCAAUCGAGGAGUUUCGAUUCAUCACAGGCAUGAGUGGGAGGCAUCGUGACUCCUGGGCUAGAGCUCUCACCAAAUCUGUGCUCUACCUGGGCAAGAUCAUGUUGGCGAGGCGGGCGUGCGGAAGCCGCCGUCUGAGAUCCCAAGAGGAGACGCGAAAGAACAACCCUGGUCCGACACCCCUUCGCGAGUGCACAUAUGCAGACCCCGAUACUUCUGAGGAUACCACCGAGUCAGACGAUGCCAGGGUGGCACGGAAGCGGAAGCGCGAAACGGAUCCCGACGCAUCAGAACCCGAGGAACUCCUGUGUCAAAGGCCGCCAAAGGAGAGGCGCUGCAUGAGCCCUCGGACAGUGCCGCAGGAUGCUCAUUUUGCCGACGCUUGCGAAGAAUCGGAGAUACUGCUACUCAGCCCAGCACCGCUGCCCAGCUGCAACGACAUGUCGACCGAUCAGCUCAUUGACAGGUUCUACGAUCUUGUGUCUGAGCAGGACAUAGACAUCCAGGCUGUGAUGGGCCUCAACCCUGACGAGCCAUUGAAGGCAAUCUCGCCUCUUCGAUACCAGGCCACGUCAAGCCCGGCCCGUCAUACCGCCCCAGCCCCUUUGGAUGUUUGCGACGAAGCAAUUGGCAACGCCCCUCGUGACGACCGUCUCAAUGCUUCUAUGAUUGCUACGUUCCUGGGAGAUCGCCGAGGCGCCGGUCGCGAAGCAACGACCGAUUCCAGAAUCGCGAUAGGUCUCGGGAUAGGGGGGAGCGGUGGCGGCGAGACCGAAGCCGCAGUCGCGUUCGAAGCCCUAUUAGGCGGCCUUCGCCACGACGAAGUCCGCGCCGCAGCCCUAGACGUAGUCCCCGACGUUCACCAGCACGUUAUACUUCGCCAAGACGAGACGAUCGAGAUGGUAGGAAUGACCGUGGGAGGUCACCGAGAAGAGAUUUUGAUUCACGUGACGCAAGGCAGAUCAUCUCCGCGCCCCGGCUCUGUCCGCGGGCGCUCUCGCCCAGUAUCACCCAACACUCGCUCACCUCUCCCACCAGCUGUACGUGAAACGCCUCGCACCGCAGCACAUUCUGAGGUCUCUACCCCGCAAGUUCGUUCACCCCCCCGCGGGCCUGCAGCUCUGAGGGCGCCGACAGGGCCCAGCGCAUCAAGAAACUUCACCGCUCCUGCGGGAUCUCCGGCCGCACAGACUUCCAGAGCAUCGGCUGCCACACCCUCUGGAACACCAAGUCGCUCCUCCGCGACCAGCCCAACAAUCCCACCUUCCGGUCCUCGAGGUUACGUCGCACCCCGCGGCGGUGCGUAUGGGCCCCGAGGCGGCCGAGGUGGUUGGUCGUCUGGCCCUCCACCACGGCACCCCAGCGGCAGCGGCCCAUCCGCCUCCCCUCCUGUCCCACCCACCGGUCUCAGCGGCAUUCCCACCGGUCCACGUGCCUCGUCCACGUCCUCUUCACCGGCCUUGUCCUCGAAGCCCUUCAACCCGCCCACCGGCCCCUCCUCCUCGUCGGGACCGCCGCCGGGACGCGGCGGCCAGCCGCUAGCCCAGCAGCUUAUGUCGUCGAUGCCCGUGAUUGUCCCAGGCGGCCGCAUCGACCCAUCGCUGACGCCGCUGUCGACGGGCAUCGUCAAGGAGCUCGAGCCGCAUCAUCGCCGGCUCCGGGAGGACGAGGAGCGCAUACGGGAGGACCUGAGGAGCAAGGAAGAGAAGCUGCGGCGCAGCCUGUGGGUCUGGGACAAGAUGGAGCGCGAGUCGGGUGCCUUCCUGCUCCGGAGCGACCUGAGCGAGAGGAGCCUUAAGAAUAUCGCAGGCGAGGGAAUGGGUGGGGCUGCCUUUUAG